AUGGGUUCAUUGGAGAAGGAAGCAGAGAUGGGAGACGAGUUAAUGGAGGCCAUACUGUACGUCAAUGGUGUUCGUAGAGUGUUACCUGAUGGCUUGGCUCAUAUGACACUUCUUGAAUAUCUUAGAGGUUGGGAUUUAGGACUGACCGGGACAAAGCUGGGGUGCGGUGAAGGUGGUUGUGGGGCUUGCACGGUGAUGGUCUCUAAUUAUGACAAAACAUCAAACAAACGCGUGCACUAUGCGGUCAACGCUUGUUUAGCACCUCUCUAUUCUGUGGAAGGAAUGCAUGUAAUAUCCAUUGAAGGAGUUGGUCAUCGCAAACAUGGCUUGCACCCACUUCAGGAGUCAUUGGCAUCUUCUCAUGGUUCCCAAUGUGGGUUUUGUACUCCCGGGUUUAUCAUGUCCAUGUAUGCGUUACUGAGGUUGAAUAAAAACCCACCUAGUGAAGAGGAGAUUGAAGAAUGUCUUGCAGGAAAUCUAUGUCGUUGUACUGGUUACAGACCCAUUGUUGACGCCUUUCGGGUUUUCGCAAAAACUAAUGACGCCCUAUACAGUGGUUUAUCUUCACUUAGCCUUCAAGAUGGUUCAAGUAUUUGCCCAUCUACUGGUAAACCUUGUUCAUGUGGUGAUGUCAGAUUUCAGCAGCCUAGUGAGACAGAUGGGUCUAAGUAUACAGAGAAGGAGCUUAUUUUCCCUCCUGAACUUUUACUGAGGAAGUUCCCUCCUCUGAAGUUAAGUGGAAAUAGAGGGCUUAUCUGGUACAGAGCCGUAAGACUUGACCACUUGCUUGAUCUUAAGACAAAACAUCCUGAUGCAAAACUAGUAGUAGGUAAUACUGAAGUGGGAAUUGAAAUGAGACUGAAGAGGUUACAGUAUAAGGUGCUAAUCUCUGUUGGUCAAGUCCCGGAACUCAACACAGUGGUUGUCAAUGAUAGUGGGGUAGAGUUUGGUUCUUCUUUGAGACUUUCUCAACUCCUGAGACUAUUCAGGAAGGUUGUAAAGGAGCGUCCUGCACAUGAAACAUCAGCUUGCAAGGCUUUUAUUGAACAGCUCAAGUGGUUUGCUGGGACACAAAUAAGAAAUGUUGCUUCCAUUGGUGGAAACAUCUGUACAGCUAGUCCGAUAUCUGAUUUAAACCCUCUUUGGAUGGCUUCAAGAGCAGAGUUCCGGAUAAUCAACUGCUGCAGUGGAGAUGUUAGGUCCAUACCUGCAAAGGGUUUCUUCCGUGGUUACCGCAAAGUAGACAUGGAGAGCAACGAGAUCUUGUUGUCAGUGUUCCUACCAUGGACAAGGCCACUGGAGUAUGUGAAAGAGUUUAAACAGUCCCACCGUAGGGACGAUGAUAUAGCUAUUGUGAAUGGAGGAAUGCGUGUGUUUCUUGAAGAGAGAGGUGAAAAUAAAGAAGUGUUUGUGUGUGAAGCAUCAAUUGCUUUUGGUGGUGUGGCUCCAGUUUCUUUAUGCGCACGAAAGACUGAAGAGUUUCUAAUUGGUAAGAGCUGGAACAAAAGUCUUCUUCAAGAUGCGUUAAAGGUUAUACAAAGUGAUGUUUUGAUUGAUAAAGACGCUCCUGGUGGCAUGGUGGAGUUUCGGAAAUCUCUAACCCUAAGCUUCUUCUUCAAGUUUUUCUUAUGGGUUUCUCAUCAUAUAAGUGAUGUAAAGCCAACCAUGGAGACCUUCCCAUCCUCUCAUAUGUCAGCUGUGGAAUCUUUUACUCGGCCAUGUAGAGUUGGGAGACAAGACUAUGAGACGGUGAAACAUGGAACAGCUGUUGGCUUGCCGGAAGUCCAUCUUUCAGCAAGAAUGCAGGUCACAGGGAAAGCGGAAUAUACUGAUGACGCCCCAGUGCCUCCUAAUACCUUGCAUGCUGCCUUAGUGCUAAGCAAAUUGCCACAUGCCCGCAUACUUUCUAUUGAUGACUCGGAAUCCAGAUCUUCACCUGGUUUUGCUGGUCUUUUUCUUGCCAAAGAUGUUCCAGCAGAUAAUAUGAUUGAAGCGGAUGAAGAACUGUUUGCUACAGAUGUGGUCACGUGUGUGGGACAAGUCAUUGGUGUGAUUGUUGCGAAUACACAUGAAAAUGCAAAAGCUGCGGCAGGAAAAGUUAAAGUUGAGUAUGAAGAAUUGCCAGCAAUACUGUCAAUCAGGGAGGCAAUUGCUGCUAAAAGUUUCCACCCAAACACAGAGAAAAUGCAAAGAAAAGGAGAUGUGGAGCUAUGCUUUGAGUCGGGACAGUGUGAUAGGAUAAUAGAGGGAGAGGUUCAAAUGGGUGGCCAGGAACACUUCUACAUGGAGCCUCAUGGUAGUUUGGUUUGGACCGCUGAUGGAGGAAACGAAGUUCAUAUGCUCUCAUCCACUCAAGAUCCUCAUAGGCACCAGCUGAUUAUUUCCCAUGUUCUCGGUCUUCAAAUGUCUAAAGUGGUUUGCAAAACAAAACGAGUUGGUGGUGGCUUUGGUGGUAAGGAAACGAGAUCAGCCUUCAUAGCUGCUGCUGCUUCUGUUCCGGCCUACCUAUUGAACCGACCCGUGAAACUCAUACUGGACAGAGAUGUGGACAUGAUGAUAUCUGGUCACCGUCAUAGUUUUGUUGGAAAGUACAAGGUUGGGUUUACAAAUGAAGGGAAAAUAUUGGCUUAUGAUCUUGAAAUCUACAACAAUGGUGGGAACACUUUGGAUCUUUCCUCAUAUGUUCUUCAAAAUGCCAUGUUUCACUCGGAUAAUGUUUAUGAGAUCCCACAUGUGAGGAUCAGAGGAAACGUUUGCUUUACAAAUUAUCCUAGCAACACUGCAUUUCGGGGCUUUGGAGCUCCCCAAGGCAUGCUUAUAACUGAAAACUGGAUCCAUAGAAUCGCAGCUGAACUUGAUAGAAGCCCUGAAGAGAUCAAAGAGAUGAACUUUCAAGUCGAAGGCUCUAUCACACAUUACUCUCAGUGUCUUGAGCAUUGCACACUGCACCAGCUCUGGAAGGAGCUCAAAAUGUCUUGCAACUUUCUACAGGCUCGUAGAGAAGUCGACGAGUUUAAUAGCCUAAACCGGUGGAAAAAGCGUGGUGUGGCUAUGGUUCCCUCAAAGUUUGGCGUAGCAUAUACCAAAGUGUGCACGAACCAGGCUGGUGCUCUUGUUCAUGUUUACACAGACGGUACUGUAUUGGUGACACAUGGAGGUGUAGAGAUGGGUCAAGGAUUGCAUACAAAGGUUGCUCAAGUUGCUGCGUCUGCCUUUAACAUUCCCCUUAGUUCUGUUUUUGUGUCAGAGACAAGCACCGACAAGGUUCCAAAUGCGUCACCAACUUCUGCUUCUAUAAGCUCUGACAUGUACGGUCCUGCGGUUUUGGACGCUUGUGAGCAGAUUAAAGCACGAAUGGAGCAUGUUGCCUCUAAGCUCAGUUUCAAAUCUUUUGCUGAGCUGGCAAGCGCAUGCUAUUCCCAACGAAUAGACCUUUCUGCUCAUGGUUUUUACUGGACCCCUGAGGAAGCAAACACAUUCAGAUAUUACACCUAUGGAGCUGCAUUUGCGGAAGUUGAGAUCGAUACAUUAACUGGUGACUUUCACACAAGAACAGUCGAUGUAAAGUUGGACCUUGGAUAUUCUCUUAACCCAGCCAUUGAUAUUGGACAAAUAGAAGGAGCAUUCGUUCAAGGGUUAGGUUGGGUAGUUCUUGAGGAACUCAAAUGGGGAGAUGCAGCUCAUAAAUGGAUCAAACCGGGGAAUCUACUCACUUGUGGACCAGGAAACUACAAGAUACCUUCCAUUAACGACAUUCCCUUCAACUUCAACGUUUCUCUUCUUAAGGGGCAUCCAAAUUCAAGGGGGAUACACUCAUCAAAAGCGGUUGGUGAGCCUCCGUUUUUCCUGGCAUCGUCGGUUUUCUUUGCGAUUAAAGAUGCGAUCAAAGCGGCUAGAGAAGAGAUGGGUCUUGGCAGCAAAUGGUUCCCUUUGGACACUCCUGCCACUCCGGAGCGUAUCAGGAUGGCUUGUUUCGAUGAGUUUACUUCUCCUUUUGUGAGUUUAGAUUUCUGCCCUAAGCUUAGUGUUUGA